AACAGAACCUCCCAAUUCCUCAUUCUUACAUCUUCAUCUCACAGAUCACAGAGCAUUCCUUUCUCUUGUUCUUUUCAUUCCUCAACGAACACAGUACCCCAUAGAAACCGAAGAAAGUGCCAUUCUUGUUCCACCGCCAAAAGAUUCAUCCUUUAUCCUCUAAUGCGAGACCCAUUUGAAUAAAUCCCCAAAUAUAGAAAAAGGGGUUUUACAUUUUUCCAUGAUCAAUAAAUAGCGGUUGUUGUUGUUGUUGUUGUUGUUGUUGUUGUUGUUGGAUAUGCUGAGGUUGUGGAAAUGGUACCAGAAUUGCUUGGCGGUUCACCCUGUUAAGACACAGGUCAUCAGCUCUGGCUUGAUUUGGGGUGCUGGUGACAUAGCUGCUCAGGCAGUUACCCACUACACUGCCAAGAAACGUGUCACUUUUGAUGCGGAUGACACUAAAGAAUUCAAGAUCAACUGGAGACGGGUGUCUACGACCAGCUUGUUUGGGUUAGGAUUUGUUGGCCCUGUUGGCCACUUCUGGUACGAAGGUUUGGAUCGGUUUAUAAGACUGAAACUCAUGCUUAAACCGAAUUCCUUCCGCUUUGUUGCCACUAAAGUUGCCGUUGAUGGGUUUAUCUUUGGACCAUUGGAUUUACUUGUGUUUUUCACUUAUAUGGGUUUUUCUGCUGGAAAGAGUGUUCCUCAAGUAAAAGAAGAUGUGAAGAGAGAUUUUCUCCCAGCCUUUGUUUUAGAAGGGGGCAUAUGGCCAAUUGUUCAGGUUGCGAACUUUCGGUUUAUACCUGUGAGGUAUCAACUCCUUUAUGUCAACUUCUUCUGCUUGUUGGAUAGCUGUUUCUUGUCUUGGGUUGAGCAACAACAGGAUGCUCCAUGGAAACAAUGGUUGAAAUCAUUUCUACCUAUGAAGUAAUAGAGCUUUGAAAAUAGCUCAAUUUAUUUGCGGAGUUGCCAGUUGUUGGAAAUUCAUGUUGGAAAGCAAGCGACUAGUUUAUGUUGCUUGUAAAUUCCCUCUAGACUUUCAGAAUUGUGUUUCUGAAAGUAAUGAAAUUACUUUUUCAGGAUAUGACUAAUGAUUUUCAUCUUGAAUACAGGUUGACACCUUUUUCCAUUGAAUAAAUUGAAAGCUGCGCUUGCUUAUUACUUUCUA